GGUAGGCUUGAUUACGAACAACGACGAGACCGCAUACAGGGAGGAGGUGAGGGCCCUCGGAGUGUGGUGUCAGGAAAAUAACCUCACACUCAACAAAACAAAGGAGAUGAUCGUGGACUUCAGGAAACAGCAGAGGGAGCACCCCCCUACCCACAUCGACGGGACAGUAGUGGAGAGGGUCACUCACGGCAAAGUCCAUCCAAAAGAAAUUGGUGAGUCAGACACGCAGAAAUCGAGAGGCCACAGCACUUGACAACAACAGGAGGAAAAACAUAAAAAGAGAGAGGAAGAUAAAAAGUGGGAUAUGGAGACUACGUCAUCACUAAUAAAGUCUGUGACCAGGCGGGUGUGGUCGUCGGCCCCUGCCCAUCAGAGACCAUUCAGGGUGUGUUCCCAUGACAGGGGCACCAGGAAGGGCAUCACAGCAAGAACCCUGGAGGAGCUGAGAGAGAGGGUGUGCCAGGCCAAGAUGCUGUGUUUGUCCAGUCUGGCUGUGGUGCUGGUGUGUGAGGAGGAUGGGACAGUGGUGGACUCUGAAGACUUACUGAUGUCUUUGCCAGACAACACAGUCCUCAUGGCCCUGGAACCUGGACAGACAUGGAAAACUCCUGCGGGUACAACGCUCUCUAAAGCCCAAGACCCCAACCAGCCGCGGACAGGAAAGGAUAUAGCCCGCGUGACCUUUGACCUGUACCGGCAGAACCCCAAGGACGUGUUUGGCUCCCUGAACGUAAAGGGCACCUUCUCAGGCCAGUACUCUGUCAGCGCCGACUUCAAAUGUCUGGGGCCCAAGAAAGUCCUCAGAGAGGCCCUCCGCGUGGCCUCCACUCUCCUCCAGGCAGCAGGUCACAUGUUGAUCACCUCAGCUAAUCUGAUCAAGCAGCUCAUCGAGGGAGCAGAGUUCUGGCAGCCCCAGAGGGCGGAGUUUGCAGAGUACUGAAACUGAGACAGUUGAGGCUGUAAUUAAGGCUAGAAUUGAGUAUGUACAGGUCCAAUCUUAACACGAGCUCAAGUUAGGACAUGGCCCUAUAAAAGUAUUGCUCUAGGAUCAAUGAAGAAGAGAAGAGAUCCGAUGUUUAUUAAAGCUGAACACAACAACCACACUUGUAGUGAUACCAAUUGCUGCAGCGCAACAUUCCUAUUUGUCUGUUGAAUUUGAAAUAUUGUACCAUGUGUAUGAUCGCGUGAUGCAAGGUUGUGAUGAAGCUAUGUGUAGAAAGACAAUUACUCAAAAGGGUGUGUUGUAAAAUAGGAUGUAUCUAUUUCUAUAAAUCUUGGGAAUUUCCCAUGAAAGUAAGGAAUUGAAUUUAAAAAAAAGAGUAGGCAUACAUUUUUUACUUUCUUUGUAGGUUCUAAUCACUGUCUCAUCUUGUGUUCAAUAAAUGCUUUCAGUUGUUACAUUCA